AUGCCUCUUCCGGAAACCGUAUAUUGUGCUCAGCAGAUCAAAAUCCCGCCCGAGCUACCUGAUAUUCUGAAGCAAUUCACUAAAGCUGCUAUUCGGACUCAGCCUGGUGAUGUUUUGCAGUGGGCAGCUGCGUAUUUUUCAGCGUUGUCAAAAGGUGAGCCCCUUCCUGUGAAGGAGAGGAUUGAAAUGCCUUUAGCAACAGAGAAAACAGAUGCUGGUUUGACCCCAGGACUCCUUAAGAUCUUGCACAAACAGCUUUCUCCCAAAGGCAUGGUGAAUGUUGCAGAACUGAAGGAAAAAUGGACGCAUCUGUGCUUGCCAGAGGAGCAACUGAGAGCUGUCCUGCAGCUGGACGACUUUGGUGAGGAGGUGGAAUGGAUGAAGGUUCUGGCACUCGGGUGCAGCAUGCUUGGCGGGUCCUUACUGAGCUCCAUGAAACACGCCUGCGAAAUCUUAACAAGGGACCCAGAAGGUGGAGCAGCUCGCGUUCCCUUCGAAACAUUCUCGUUCCUCUACUCCUAUUUGGCCAGUAUAGAUGGAGAGAUACCGGAGGAGGAAACCGAAGCAUUCCUCCACCGAAUAGAAGAACAAGU